UUUCUUAAUUUAGGUGAAGAUAUCUCGUCCUCCACCAACCCACUCACUCACUCACCAUCUUCCCCAACAUCACCAGAAACAACCAAUUGGCCAGAUCCAAUCCAUCUAUCCAAUACCCAUAAACCACAAGGAAGUUACAUGACCAUGGCAAUCGCACUUCGACGGUUGUGUUCGUCACACAACAACCAUCAUUAUCUUCAUCGACUAUCCAAUGGAUCUUCCCUUUUUUACAUGUCCUCUUUGCCGAAUCCAGCAGCUAAUGACAUCGAUGUUUCACGUGUCAAUUGGACGAAGCAAUUGAAUGCUCCACUUGAAGAAAUUGAUCCUGAAAUUGCUGACAUUAUUGAGCUCGAAAAAGCUAGGCAAUGGAAGGGAUUCGAGCUCAUACCUUCAGAGAAUUUCACCUCGUUGUCGGUGAUGCAAGCCGUUGGAUCAGUGAUGACGAAUAAAUAUAGUGAAGGUUAUCCUGGGGCUAGAUACUAUGGAGGAAACGAGUACAUUGAUAUGGCCGAGAGAUUGUGUCAAAAGCGUGCGUUGGAAGCUUUUAAUUUGGAUCCUUUGAAGUGGGGAGUCAAUGUUCAGUCACUGUCUGGAUCGCCUGCUAACUUUCAAGUUUAUACCGCGCUAUUGAAACCUCAUGAGAGAAUCAUGGCGCUCGAUCUUCCUCAUGGUGGACAUCUUUCACAUGGUUAUCAGACUGACACAAAGAAGAUUUCGGCUGUCUCGAUAUUUUUUGAGACAAUGCCAUACAGAUUGGAUGAAAGCACAGGUUAUAUUGACUAUGACCAAAUGGAGAAAAGUGCCGUUCUCUUUAGGCCAAAAUUAAUUGUAGCUGGUGCAAGUGCCUAUGCUCGAGUAUAUGAUUAUGCCCGUAUGCGCAAGGUUUGCGACAAACAAAAAGCCGUUCUGUUAGCGGACAUGGCACACAUCAGCGGGUUGGUUGCUGCUGGUGUCAUUCCAUCGCCUUUUGAAUACGCAGAUGUUGUGACAACCACGACCCACAAGUCACUACGCGGGCCACGUGGAGCUAUGAUCUUUUUCAGGAAGGGUUUAAAAGAGAUUAACAAAAAAGGCGAAGAAGUGAUGUAUGACUUUGAAGAAAAAAUCAAUCAAGCUGUGUUCCCGGGGCUUCAAGGGGGUCCACACAAUCAUACCAUUACGGGUUUAGCCGUUGCAUUAAAACAGGCAACGACUCCAGAGUACAAGGCAUAUCAAGAACAAGUUCUUGCUAAUUGCAAGAAAUUUUCGCAGAGUUUGAUAGAGAGGGGAUAUGAUCUUGUAUCCGGUGGAACGGACAACCAUUUGGUCUUGGUAAAUUUAAGAAACAAGGGUAUUGAUGGGUCGAGAGUCGAAAAGGUUAUGGAGUUGGUGCAUAUUGCUGCUAACAAAAACACUGUUCCUGGUGACGUGUCCGCCAUGGUACCUGGUGGCAUUCGUAUGGGAACUCCUGCUCUAACAUCUAGGGGAUUUCUUGAAGAUGAUUUUGUCAAAGUUGCUGAGUUAUUUGAUGCUUCUGUCAAGUUGGCCUUGAAAAUUAAAGCUGCUUCCACAGGAACCAAGUUGAAGGACUUCGUUGCAACCAUGAACACAAACAAAUUUGAAUCUGAAUUUGUAAAGAUUCGUGGGGAGGUCGAAGAGUAUGCUAAGCAAUUUCCAACAAUCGGGUUUGAGAAGGAAACAAUGAAGUACAAAGAUUGAUAAAACAUGAUCACUUCAUACAGAAAUGCCGAAGUCAAAGCAUAGUCAAACCUCGAUUCGUGUCUCCGCAUCUUUAUAGUUUGCGAAGGUUCGUAGUCUAAAAGUUGCGUGUUGGAUCUCGGGAGGCUUGUUUCGAAGAUUCGGUCGACAUCGAGAGUUGACAACAUUUGUUGUUCCACUUGUUAUUGUUGAUCAUAGGUUUGUAUAAGAUGGAUGGUGGUUCUGUUUCUUUGAUAAGCAUUAUUAUUGGUUUCUUGUUGAAUUUUUUUUCUUUCAAGCAAUAUAAAUGAUUAUCAAGAGCAUGUUUGGUUGGUUUUCUAA